AAAGAAUAGUAAUAGUAAAUGCUUUCAAAUUUAGUUGUUCUCUUGAGUGUUGAUGAAGAGUGACUUGUAUAAUGUGGGGACUCAUAUCUCUGUAUCUUUGACUCUAGGCGGAUUGCUGGCUAACUUCCACACCAAAUAAGCGAUAGUCUUAUAUAGCGUGCUUAUUCAUAAUUAACGUAGUCGAAGCAUAUAAAUGCGAAAAUUGAACAAAAAUCGACUGCUGCGACCUAACAAACGGUGCUGUUUGGCACAGAAAGUUAUAUAUGGAAUUCGCUGACGGUAUUGGCUAAUUAAGGCUUUAAAAUAAAGAAAAAACCGACCCGAAAAGAAAGGGAAUAUAUCUGGAUUAAAAACUUUCUUGUAUCCAGUUUUUUUUUUUUUGUUCGACUACGGUUUUUUCUUAUAUAUAUAUAUAUUUACAUUCUUUCAUUCUUCGAUAAUGAAUUCUAGGAAGUUAAAUGAUCAAGAAAGAGAAACAACACCUCCUCUUUCUGAAAAAUUUCGUCUGUUAGAUUCGAGUCUCAACUCGCAAACCUCCCUUCAGACAACUACUAAUUCAAUAACCGUACUUAAUACCGAAACCAAAGAUAUUGAUGUGUAGCCCUAUACUCCUGAUACUCGUGUAACACCAAACUUGAUUUGGAUAGAGGUUUCUCUAUUUUUGAACAAUUUCCUCGUUGGUCUUCAUACGCAGCUUACGCUUUUCGAUUAUACUACGACUGGUGAAGUAUCUCAGACUCCAAAUAACCUGUCGUAUCUUUCCUAUUUCGUUACUAAUACUACAUUUCAGCCUUCAUACGGAUCGUUUUCAGACAAUUUCGGAAGGCGAGCAUGUUUUAUUGACGGCAUCCGCACUGUUCUGUCUUGGUUGUCUAUGGAGCCACUUUGCUAAUAGGUUCAUUUCUUAAUAUUUGCAAACACCAUUACCGGAAUUGGAGGAGGAGGAUUGAUCACGCUGACGAAGAUUAGUAACUCGGAUAUCAUUCCGGCAAGAAGGCGAACAUUAUACUUAAGACUAUUUUUUUCGGAUAUGUUGGUUUUAUUUAGCCUCUUUUGUUGCAAACUUUUUGAAGGUUUUAGUUUGAGAUUCUGUUUUCUCAUGCAAGUUCCUUUCUCAUUGUUAAGUAUUGCCGUGUGGUACUUUUUCUGUAAAAAAUCAAGCCAAUUUCACAAAACCUCACCAUUAUCGAAAUCUUUUGAAAAGUGUUGAUAUAAUAGGAGGAUUACUCUGGGUUUCUUGCAUGUUUUAUUGACGGCAUCCGCACUGUUCUGUCUUGGUUGUCUAUGGAGCCACUUUGCUAAUAGGUUCAUUUCUUAAUAUUUGCAAACACCAUUACCGGAAUUGGAGGAGGAGGAUUGAUCACGCUGACGAAGAUUAGUAACUCGGAUAUCAUUCCGGCAAGAAGGCGAACAUUAUACUUAAGACUAUUUUUUUCGGAUAUGUUGGUUUUAUUUAGCCUCUUUUGUUGCAAACUUUUUGAAGGUUUUAGUUUGAGAUUCUGUUUUCUCAUGCAAGUUCCUUUCUCAUUGUUAAGUAUUGCCGUGUGGUACUUUUUCUGUAAAAAAUCAAGCCAAUUUCACAAAACCUCACCAUUAUCGAAAUCUUUUGAAAAGUGUUGAUAUAAUAGGAGGAUUACUCUGGGUUUCUUGGUUGACAGCGUUGUUAAUGGUUUCAACUUUUGCUAGUACAAAAACCAUUCAGACAUUUGGACUCUUUCUAUGUUUAUUAGUAUUAGGAUUAAGUUUUUCUAUACCUGUACAAAUGCGGUCGAUCCCAAUGCGGGUCCAAUGAUUCCAUUGAAAUUGCUUCGAGGAGUAUACAGUACCCUUGUUUUAACAAUCAGAUUUCUCACUGGAUUAGCAGGGUAUGCCUAUUUAUUUACACUACCAUUACUUUUUCAACUGGUAUUGGGGGAUAGCCCUUCCAAAGCCGGACUUCGUCUUGCUUUACCGUCCUUGUCUACACCUAUGGGAGGAUUGAUUUGUGGUAUUCUGAUGCACCAACGUGUUCGUGUAGGACGCCUAAUUUUUUUGGGAGUGCUUCUCAUGGCUUUAGGAUAUGUUCUUAGUUUGUUUAUAUAUCCUGGCAUAUCACCAAUACUACUGGGUCUAUUUUUGAUUCCAGCCAACGUUGGGCAAGAUUCACAUGCUACAUCUACAUCAACGCUUUAUUUGAUUAGAAGCAUUGGUUCAUUGUUUGGCGUAGGGGGGUUGUCAGCGGUCAUUCAAUCGACUCUUAGGAAAAAAGUAUUCACUGACUUGUCAGAAUUCACUGAUUUCAAUGAAAACCAGAUUCGGGAGAUUAUUCAUAAAGUUACCAAAUCCAUGUCUUCUUUAUAUUAUUUACCAGAGGCUAUUCAGAAGAUUGUAUUAGGUGAUUAA